UUUCCAGCAACGGAGGAUAUCAAAAAUAAACCCCCUCAUGUCCAGGGAAGAGCAGAAAGUAUAAAUACCUCCGAUAUGUCCAGACUGCAGCGGUGCUGGUGAGGGAUACAAGAGGACUUUGCUUGCUUAGAGAAGUAGAAACGACAGCUCAGACAGACUGAAAUUAAAUAGCAGACACACUUUGACCAAGACUGGCUCCACAGCACUGGAAAAUCACUUUUGUGAAGAUAUCCUUCCUUCUGGAGAAGGCGCGACAUUUACCAAAGAUAAAGGAAAUAUAUUUUAUAAAAGUCUUUCUUUUUACAACUCUUGAGUGCAGCUUCUUCUGCAGAAGAUGUGUGCCACUGUGCGUUUUGUCUUUUCACUCCUGUGCGUCAACGCGGCACGAGCCACUCCAUUUGAAUCAGAGGAUGUUGUACCUGUUCGGAUAAAUGGAAGAAUCAGCGGCCGCUUUUGGAAAAGAAGCGAGGAGCAACCGAGGUUUGUCCUCAGUGCAUUUGGCAAGGACUUGACUCUAAACCUCAUACCAGAUACCAGCUUUAUCGCGCCGUCCUUCACCAUACAGCGCAUCAAAUCCAAGGAUGUUGGCGCUUUACGCAGCGUCUCAGGUGCCCAAUCUGCCCUGGCCGAGGGUCUCCGGGAACUUAUGAACCAGACAGUGGAGAGUGAAGGGCAGCUGAGGAGCUGCUUUUACUCGGGGAAUGUGGAUCAAGAUCAGAACUCCGUUGUGGCUGUCAGUUUGUGCUCCGGCAUAUUUGGCUCCUUCAUUACUGAAGGCAAAGAGUAUUUAAUUGAGCCCAAACUUCGCGGCGGUCUGGGGCCAGACUCUGCCGAGCAGCUGCAUGUCAUCAAGAGGAGGACAUUCACGAAAAGCCACGGUGUUCCACUCCUGUUUGAUCAAGCGGCGGCGGACAGCCGAGCCGAGAAGCGCAAUGGGGAAAGUUUUACGCACGGCCACAGUGACGCACAGAGGGAACCUCGCCGGAGACGGUUCGUUUCCGCGCCACGGUUCAUAGAAACGCUGGUGGUGGCAGACUCAACCAUGACCCACUUCUAUGGAGAUGAAACACAGCACUACAUUCUCACCCUCAUGUCGAUGGCUGCCCAGCUUUACAAACACCCCAGCAUAAAGAACUCAGUGAACAUGGUAGUGGUGAAGAUGCUGACGGUGGAGGACGAGGAGGUCGGACCGGAGGUCUCCAGUAACGGAGGUGUGGCUCUGAGAAACUUCUGCUCUUGGCAGCAACUCUUCAACCCACCGAGCCAGAGGCAUCCAGAGCACUACGACACUGCCAUGCUGUUCACUAGAGAGGACAUCUGUGGACAGAAGAGCUGCGACACGCUGGGCGUGGCCGAUGUUGGGACGAUGUGCGACCCUAAGAGAAGCUGUUCAGUUAUUGAGGACAACGGCUUGCAAGCUGCCUUCACAGCUGCACACGAGCUCGGUCAUGUGUUGAGUAUGCCUCAUGAUGACUCCAAGACAUGUGAGAGGCUGUUUGGGGAUCUGGGAGGACAUUACCUGAUGGCUCCUCUGUUUGUCAGCCUCAACAAGACUGCUCCUUGGUCUCCCUGCAGCGCUCUCUACGUCACUGAAUUCUUUGACAAUGGGCAUGGAGACUGCCUGCUGGAUGUCCCAGAGAGCACCAUGCCUUUACCAAGAGAACUGCCAGGCACCAAGUACAGUCUGGACCAACAGUGCCAGCAGAUUUUUGGAGAAGAGUUCAUCCACUGCCCCAACACCUCAGACAGUGAUAUCUGCAGCCAGCUGUGGUGUCAUGAGGAUGGGACGCCACAGUGCUCCACCAAGAACGGCAGCUUGCCCUGGGCUGAUGGUACUCCCUGCAGCCCCAAUGGGACCUGCCUUAAUGGAGCAUGCAUGUCAACCCUGGAGGUGAUGCAGCCAUUGAUGGUUGUGGACGGCGGCUGGAGCUCCUGGGGUCCAUGGCAGCAGUGCUCCAGGAGUUGUGGAGGUGGGGUGGAGUUCUCCUAUAGGGAGUGCACUGACCCUGUGCCUCAGAACGGAGGGAAGUACUGUGAAGGACAGAGGGUUCAGUACCAGUCCUGCAACAUAGAGCCGUGUGACAACAAUGAAGGUAAAAGUUUCAGAGAGGAGCAGUGUGAGAAAUACAACAGCCCCAACUACCUGGACCACAAUGGGAACAUAAAACAGUGGAUACCGAAGUAUGCUGGUGUUUCUCCCAGAGACAGGUGUAAGCUGUUCUGCAGAGCCAGAGGCAGCAGUGAAUUCAAGGUGUUUGAAUCCAAGGUGACUGAUGGGACGACCUGUGGUCCUGACACCACAUCAGUGUGUGUCCAAGGCCAGUGUGUGAAGGCCGGCUGCGACCAGGUGAUCGGAUCCAACAAGAGGGUGGAUAAGUGUGGAGUGUGUGGAGGAAAUGGACUCACCUGCAGAAAGAUCACUGGCUCCUACAACAAAGCAACCUUUGGAUACAAUGAUAUUGUCACAAUUCCCAUUGGUGCGACUAACAUUGACAUCAAACAGCGGAGCCACAGAGGAAUCAAACAUGAUGGGAACUACCUGGCUAUAAAGAGAGAGAGUGGUAGCUACAUCCUCAAUGGUAACUUCUCUGUAUCCACGGUGGAGCAAGACAUUCCAGUGCUGGGUGCUAUCCUGAAGUAUAGCGGCUCCUCCACCACGUUAGAGAGAAUCCAGAGCUUCAGGCAGCUGAAGGAGGCCAUCACCAUCCAACUCCUGGCCACUGCAGGGGAUGACAACCCUCCCAAAGUCAAAUAUACCUUUUUCAUCCCCAGAGAUGUGACCUUCAACAAAUCAAAGGAGAAGAAGGGCUUAUCUCUGUCGUUGCAUAUGAUCCAUCAGUUUGAUGUGCCUGACUGGGUACUAGGAGAGUGGUCUGAGUGCUCCAAGAGCUGUGGCUCCGGGUGGUCCAGGAGGAAUGUUGAAUGCCGAGACAACGAAGGAUUUCUCUCCAGCCUGUGCGACAAAGAUCUGAAGCCCAUGGACAUCAGGCCUUGCGGGGAUCUGCCAUGCCCCAUAUGGCAGAUGGGACCGUGGUCAGCCUGCUCACGAACUUGUGGCCAGGGAGAGCGCCGCCGCAGCAUCUUCUGCAUAGACUACACUGGGAAGACUGUUGAACCAGAGAAGUGUGAUCCGAACAAAGUCCCAGAGCCAGUCUCUGGAGAAUGUUUCAACCAGGACUGCUUAUGAAGAACAUGAGUACAGUGAACUUUCACUUUUUGGUCUGUGUGCACUUACCAGGCAUGGAUGGAUUACUGAAUGGGUACACCAGGUUUGGACCCAAGGGCAAAAUAUCUACAGAAAACAAGCAAACAAACUACAAAAAAAGCACACAAAAAGGUGCAAAAUAAUUACAACACUCUAAAGACUACAAAGAGGUGCCAAGUCAUCACAACGUCAUACAAAAUUACCAGGCGACACAAAAUUACUCAAUUCUGUGUCUCAACAAUUCUUAAAAUUGUAGUUUAUCUGCAAAAUGUAAUGUAGCACAUCUCAGUGGUCUUUUUGUGCCCACUGUGAGAUGGGGUCUUUUAUAUGUCUGUUUCCCAGGACCCUUUUUCUCAUAAUCCAUCCAUGUUGCCAUCUGGUUGCAUCAAGUCACAUUAAGGGCUUUUGCCGGAAUAUUGCUUUGUCAUCUUUUGUUGACAUUUGACAACCACUAUUGAGAUUUGAAACAAAGAAAAUCUACCUCAGAAUGUACACGUGAUGUUAUGUAUACAUGCUAGAUGAAGGUGCGGUGAAUGUUUUCUCCAGAAUGAGAAGCUUUCGAGUCCCACUUAAAUAGAAUCUAACUUUUUGGAUGAAAUUUGAUAUAAUCUGCACUUCCUGAGUUAGCAGUCACUUAUUGUGGGUCUAGAACAAUGGCAUUAAAUCUGCUGUCAAACACCAGCACAGUGUAUAUAUACCUCUAACUGUCCUCCACAGAACUCAACCCUCUAUAAAGCUUUGAUCGAGCCAUUUACCUAUUAUUGAGGUAAGUACUUACGAUUGAGGCAUCGGGAUUUUAAGCCUCAGAGAAAUGUGCUCCUGUCCUGUGUGACUGCUUCUCCUUUCCACACAUAUACUAAUGUGAUUUGCAUUAAAUGCUUGUGAUAACAAUGUCAUGCUUUUAUCAUGGAGAUUGGCAUUGUUAAGCUGUGGGCAAACCAUUCACUGACACUUUGUUUGGCAAUAUUUAAACUUUAUAUUGUGGCAAACAGAUUGUUUCAAUACUGCACUACACGUAGAAUUUAAAGAAUCUUACAGAAUUUGAGUUUACACAUUGUGUAAAAUUGUUUAGCCUAGAUAAUGACUGGUCAUUCCUGGCCAGAAAAACCCAUGACAGAAAAUUCCCCUCUGCCCUGUAGAUUGAUUUUAGCCUUUUCUGAGGUGCAUUACAAUGCAGUUGAGAUUAUCAGUGGUGCAAACAACACGUUUGCUUGGAGAUAUUACUAAGUUAAAUGAUAAGCAUAUUAUCUAUCUUGUAUAUGAAAAUAACAAUAAUUUUAUUCAUUUUCAGACUUUUUUGUUAAAGCAUCAUAUGCAAACGCUCACAAUGGUUUUCAGACUCUUGUAUGUAUAUUUGAUUUCUUCAUUCCUGUUGUUAAUUUACAGUAUGUUAUAAAACAAGAGAUGGAGCAUUAGGCCUAUAUCCCUUCAGUGAAGGACCAUACUAUUUUAUUAUUGCAGCUUCCUUUUUAAGCUAUUUAUUUUUGUAAAGUUUUUACCUUGGACAUGUAAUUAACAUGGCAGAUGCUGCUGUCUUUGAGAUUUUUGUCUAUAAAACGGUCAAAUAAACACAUUUAUGUCAA